CUUCUUUGGUGAUUUUAACUGGAGCAUCAUCAUUAUCACUACUUUCAUCAGUGGAACAAUCAUUCAAUGCUCUAAGUUUUGAUGGUAACAUAAUACAAAGUCAUCCGAACAAUUCAUUUACCUAUUUAUAAAGAAAUAUAAAACUAUACAAACAAGUAAUUUUUUUGGUAUUUAUUUAAGUCAGUCCAUCAGUUUACCUAUUGUUCUAACAGAAGUUUACAAUUGCAAGUAAAUAUUAUACAUUAAUAAAUUGGUAGAUAGGUAACGAGUUGUGGUUACAAAUUUUCGGAUAAUUAUUUAAAAAUUCACAUUUGCAAUAGGUAUAAAAAAAAUUAAACGUCUACACUGAUUUGAUAACAUCCAAUGUUUCUGUGAAUCAAUUCUCUUGUCUUAUAUUAUCACACUAUACAAAUUUGUAAUUAUAAUCACGAACAUCCAAGUCGUAUCCACGGCUUAAACGGGAGCGCAUAAAAAUGCAAAACAUAAAUCAGUGAAAAAUGAAUUGGGAGAUAAUUUUUGCCAAACAAUAAUUAAGACGAAACAUAUUUUAGCCGAACAGUAUACUUUAAGUCGAACGUAGUUAUUCUAAAAUUCAUUUUGACGAUAUUACAGCCAACCGUAAGAUUCCCAAAUAAAUGUGUGAUAAUUAAAGUUUACCAUCAUAAAUAAUCAAUGGUUAAAACUAUAGAUAACAAUAGAUAACAAUACUAAAGCGGUCACUGACCAGCUGUAGCUGUCAAGUCUUAUGUUUCUUUAUAAAAAUAUGUAGGUAUGUUAAAUAAAAAAAAAUAUCAGCAGUCUUCCAAACAAUAAUCAGAAGUGUCAGCUGAUUUACUGUCGGCGGAAUUAUUUUUCUGCUCAGAUAUUUUCCGAUGAAUUAAUUGUCGGCUUAACCACAGUCAAUUGAAAUAUUUUCGGAUUUCUUUUUAGCCUUCAACUUCUUUUAACGGCUCAAACUAAAAUAUGAUAAUGUAAAUGACUGCUCGAUUUAUAACGUUUUGCUGUUGUCAAAUUUAAGAAAAAAUGAAAUGUGUACAAAAACUAACCUUGCUGCGCCGUUGUAAGAUAGCAAAUAAUAAUUUUUAAAAAAAAAAGCAAAUAAUCUGACAAUCGUCUCGGUGACAAACUUGGGCAUCCAAUCGAAAUGUAUGAAAAAUAGUUGGAAAUAGUAUAGUUUUUUUUUCACCACACAUAAAAACAAUUAAAUUCUGACAUUGACUCGCGAAUAGAAGUAUUCAUUAUCCAAAGGCUCGGUCUUGCGUAGGACACUAUCGUAGUGUCGUCAGUCGUCACUAUCCUACUUCCACUACUUGCAGAAGUAGUAUCGGGUUCAGCUUCGAAUUUAGGUAAGGAUUCAUGAAUAAUAUAUUAUCUACACAAAUACUAUAAGCCCAUUGGUCCAAGAUAGUAAAGGGGGAAACAGACAAUUCGUCCCCGGACAAUCUGUUUCCACGAAAAAACUUCGUAUCCAUGCGGACAAUCAGUUCUCGUCAUAAUUUUAUAUAGGAUCAUUCGUCUACAGUAUUUUUUUUUUUUAGCACGUUUUUAAAUAAUUUAUAACUAAAAGAUUUUGAAACGUAUAAGUGAUACAGAAAAAUAAAGUUAUAUCUAUGUUUAAUGUUUUUAGUAUCAACUUUUUAAAAGAUGAACUAUUAAAUAUCUAUUCAUUUGAAUAAAAUGCACUUUACCACGCCCCUCACGAAUUUCAAUUUUUCUUUUUUAUUAAAUACGUGUAUUUAAACACUGAUUUUUAAACUGUUUGCAUUUUUCGCCAUUAUUAAAGAAGACAAAACAAUUUCAAAAACUUUGAAUUUUUAAAAAAUACAUUUUUUCUUAAUAGAUGGUUUUUUGGGCGUUGAUUUGGAAAUGUUUAAAUAUUUUGCUAGAGCCAUUUUUAAAGAAGUCUUGGCAAAAAACUUCGAAGACUUCGACAUUUUAAUUAAGUUUAUUUAUCAUGCGAUUAUUCGUCGUAAUAGUGAUAUCUCGACGUAGAGAUAGCAUCGUAAAUAAUAUAAGAAUGGAUAGGCCAGUCAAAUUUAUCUCAGAGGAAUGAACAUUUAUAUAACUUGAGAUUACAAGGGGUUUUAUCAAUAAAGUUGUUAACACAAUUAAAGAUAUCUUAUUUUAUCUAUGACUAGUAUCUCCUGCACCCGCUCCAGAUUGGUUACCUCUUGUGAUAAAUUCAUAGAUAAUACAUAAUUUAUGGAUAAUCGAAAUGUAAUUGACAAUUUUUUUUAAAUAAUAUUAUGCUGAUUGUCAAUCUAUUCACCUGUGUAAUUUGUAUAGCUUUUUUAUUAUAAUUAAAUCAAAAUAAUUGUAAUUAAACUAACAUCCGUACCAUUUUGUGUUAUGAAUAUUAAUCGUUUCAAAUAUUUUGUCAAUUAAAUUGGUUAACAAUACAAGUUAUUGGUAAGUUCUUCAAGUUUCUCGUACAUCAUUGCCUAUUAAUACAUAGCGAUAAUAGCAUGUUAUAAAAUUAAUUAUUGAAUCAGUUAGUCAAAAAGUUUAAAAUUUUGAAUUUGGCCAUUUCAUACAAAGUUUAACUAGGUAUAACAUAUUUUAACAUAGUGAAGUAAUUUUAUUUAGAAUUUUACAUAGAUAACGUGUUUAAUUAAAUAUUUAGUUCAUAUAUUUCGCUGGCCUAAGCCCAAUAACAAUUUUUAAUAGAAUAUUUUAUAUGGACAAAAACAUUGGUUGAAUUAAAUGUAACAAGAAAACAAAAUAUGUGAGUAAAUAGCAAUAAUAUAAAUAUAAAAACAUUCAACAAAGUAUAAAUUAAAUAAAUGAACUUUAGCAUAAGCUAAUUUUCAGAUUCUAUUAAUAGGUGAUUCUAUAAGAUAAUUUGUUUUAUGGAAUGUGAUACAAAAAUAUUUUGUAGAUCUAGUUUGACACUUUGGAAUACACAAAUUAAACCAUCUGAGUUACACAAUUGGAGAGUCAAUACCUAUAACCAUUGACUAUUUUAUUUAAGAACUUCAAUCAUUAAUGUUUCUCUAGGCACUUAGAUAGGUUACAUUUAAUUUAUCCAAUAAUGACUUAUAAUGUUAAUGCGGUUUACAUGUAGUACCAAUUUUGUAUGAUACAAAAAAACAAAAUGUUUCUAGAUAGCUGCAAGUCUUUAUUAUUAUGUUAUAUUCUAGAUUUCUGAAGUAGAACGCAAUAGUGAAAAACACCAUGUUUUAAGCAGUUUUUAUAGAUUCUUGUAUAGAUAAUUUUUUUGAAAUAUAUUAUUAAUAUUUCUUAUUUCUUUAAAAAAAUAAUAGGCCCCACUGAACAGGUUUGUGUGGAGUCCCAAAUAUAAUUACAAUAUGUUAUAAAAUUAUAUCUUUAUCUAUGUAUGUAUUUUUUUUAUAGAGACACAAAAAUACAAUGGGAUUUCAAAGAAAAUAUCUACUCAAAUACCUUUCAAUUUUAAGUUAUGUACUGAAAGUGUGUUUUAACAAAUCCAAUUCGAUAAUUGUAUUGAAAAAUGUACUUCAUGAUCUUAAAGUUAGAAUUAUUUUUGGCUCAGAAACACCUUAUAAAUGUUUACCAGACAAUAUAUUAGAAAAGCUUUUAACUAAAUCAUAUGACAGUAAAACAAUCUUAAAGCACUCUUUACAAAUUCACAAAUGCUUAUUUGUUAGUCAAGAUACAUUAACUAAAUUAAAGUUGAACAACAUGCAAUGGAUAUUGGUUAAUGUUAUAACAACCAACGCUUCGAGCCGUAAUAUUCCUAUGUUAUACUAUAAUAGAAUAAUAGUUUUAAAUUCAUUUAAAGAAUCUGAGUGCCUUUUGACAUCAAGUAAUUUAUUUAAUCUAUGUAAUUACAGUUACUCUUGUAAAGUUCUAAUGUUACGAAUUAUUAAACCUGUAAUGGAUUAUGAACCAAAAAUGUCACAAAAAGCAUUAAUUUGUUUGAUGAAACCAUUAGUUUUCAAUGAGGCUACACAAGUAUUAUUGGAUAAAGUACUUUACAGUUAUUUCUCCCUACAGAAGUUUGUAUCAGUAGGAGAUGUACUACCAAUAGAAUUAAAUAAAUGCUCUCCAGAAGCUCAAUACUUAUUGAAACCUAUGAAUAAUUCAGUUUUAUAUAUUAAAAUAAUUGAAUUGGAAGGAAAAAAUAACAAACUAAGUGUAUACAACUGUAAAAGCCAUUUUUAUAUCUCUAGUUUACAUACUAAAUUAAAUGAAGAUAAAAGUUUUAUCAGUACAUAUUUGCCUAUGGAAAAAGUUUACGGAAUAAAUAAUUUGAAGAAUCUAAAUAUAAACAAUUACAAUGAUUAUAUACUGAACACCAUUCCUGAUGGAAUGAAUAACGAAGGAAAAUUAUUAGUAUCUUGGAUCAAACCUUUUAUUCGUCAGAAAAAUUUUGGUACAUAAUUUUAAUUCAAUUUUUUUUUUUUUUUUUUUUCAUGCAUUUAAUUAAUUUUAACAAUAAAUCAGGAAAUUAUAAUAUAUAUUAUAUACAAGUUGAUUCAAAGUUUAUGUUACAAUCAUGAUAUCAUGUAUAUAUUUAUAAUAUGCAAAAAUUGUUUAAUACAAAAAUUUGUAUAAAGAUCUAAAAUAAUUUUUGGUGUCAACUUUUGAAAUUCAAAUGAGAACAUAUAUUUAAAAUUACAUAAAUAGAUGAAGUGUUAGUGUAAAUAAAUUUCGUUAACAUUUUUAAUUUCUAACAACUAAUUUAUGAGAUAUUCUACUAUAACACUAUGCACUUGUGUGGUGGCAUGACAUAUACAGGGUGAUUUUUUUUUUACUAUGAAUUAGCAAUGAUCUCAGAAUUUUAAGUGAAUUGGAUUUCUGUUUUUUCUAUUCAUUAUGAAAUCGUUUAAGCUUUAUUUUAAAACCAUUUUUAAUUUUUUAUCCCUACUCCAUGUACCUUAAUUAAGUGCAUACUUUUGAUUUUCAAAUAAGACCUUCCCCCUUUUAAACAUAGAUUUGAAUAGAGAAUAUUUUUUUAGAAAUUUUAAUAUGAAUCACACUUAUAUCAGAUUUACCGUUUAUAAGUUAUAACAGUUUAAAUUUAAGACUGGAUGAGUAGGGAGGUAGUAGAGAAGGGUCAUAGAUAAGCAAUUUGUUACCUAAUUUAUUAAUAGUUUUAAAAUAAAACUUAAAUGAUUCCAUAAUGAUUAGAAAAAACUGAAAUCCCAUUCACUUAUAAAUCUCUGAGAUAAUUGCUGGUUCAUGAUAAAAAAAUCACCCUGUAUAAAUCAUGCCACGACACAAGUGUAUAGUGUUAUAGUAGAAUAUCUCAUCAAUUAUUUGACGGAAAUCAAAAAUAACAACACCGAAAUAUAUUUAAACUAACAUUCCAUCUAUUUAUGGAAUUUAAAAUAUAGGUUCUCAUUUGAAUUUCAAAUUCGACUACUAAAAAAGAUAGUAAAAAAAAAUUAUUUUAUAUGUUUAUAAAUUAAAAAACUUUUUUAUUAUCCUGUAUAUUGAGGAAAUUAUAUUAAUUUUAUUUCUUAGAUUUUAAUUAUUUUUGUUAAAAUCAUUUCAGAUUUUUCAUUAUUAAAACCAGUUUUUCUAGUUUAUGGAAUAAAUGGAUGUGGCAAAGAAUUGUUGAUUAAAUCCGUAUCUCGAUAUCUUGGUUUAAGAUACAUACCUCAAUGUUGCUAUGACUGGCCUACAAACAAUAUUUCACAAUUUAAAAAAAAAAUUGAAUAUUUUUUUGAUAAUUUGAUAAAAAUGACACCUUGUUUAUUACAUUUAGAAAACAUUGAAGUAUGUGUUACUGUGUUUAAAAAUAUACUACUAUAUCAUACAUUAAAUUGUUUAUUAUUUUAAAAAAUGUAUUUUCUAUUUUUAAUUUAGGCUUUAUGUUUAUCUUCUUCUAAUGACUCGGAGCAAGAACUUUUGGAUAUAUUUAUGAGCCAAAUAUAUAUCAAAACCUUCAAACCAAUCAUAAUUAUUGCUUCUACUAAUUCCAAAGAAGAAAUCAGUCCUAUUUUUCUACGAAUAUUUCUGCAAUGUCAAAAAAUUGGAGACUUAAAUAAAAUUAAUCGUGAACAAUUAUUCAAAUGGAUAUUGAAACGAGAUUCCAUUAUACUUGAUAGUACUAUGAUUAAAAAAAUUAUAGAUCAUACUUCUAGUUUUCAUUAUAUCAAUUAUAUGACUUUACUACUGUUAUCUGCAAAGUAAAUUUGAAAAAAAAUUAAUACAUACAAUAAACUUAUUUAUGUUAUUAAUAUUGUUUAACAAUUUUUUAAAGACAUCACAUGAGCACAAAUAAUAAAAAAUCAACUUCAAUUAUAUUGGAUGAGUCUGAUAUAAUGACUUCAAUAGGUUUGUAAAUACUCAUUUCCAAAUAUUUAUUAAUUCUUGAAUUAUUAAUGGUUAGUUAAUAAUAUUAAAAACAAGUUAAACUAUUUAACUAAACUAAUAUGAUUGAUUUUGUUUAAAAUUGAUAAAAGUAUAUUUGUAUUAUUUAAUUUUCUAUGUUAUCAUUUUAGAGAAAAUAAAUAAAAUGUUUACAAAGUCAAUUGGAGCACCAACAAUACAGACUGUAAAAUGGGAUGAUGUUGGUGGCUUAAUAAACGUAAAAGAGGAAAUUAUGUCUGCAUUAAAACCUUCAAAGCGUAACAUGAGAAGAUCUGGUAAUAUUAUAUUAAUUUUAAAAAUACUAUGCAAGUUUGUUUAAGUUCAUAUUUAAAGAUUAAUAAUAAAUGUUUCAUAAUAUUAUAUCAUGAAAUCAGUAUUAUUUAGGUAUUUGUAUUAUUAUUAUUUUUUUUUUUUUUUUUUAAAGUAAUGUUUUAUAAUUAUUUUUUAAUUUUGCUUGGUUGUAAAAUGAUUGAAUAAUUUAAUUGUUCUAAAUAUUGUACUUAGGAAUAUUAUUAUAUGGCCCACCUGGAACUGGAAAAACACUGUUAGCAAAAGCUGUGGCAACUGAAUAUAAAUAUAACUUUUUAUCUAUAAAAGGUCCUGAACUGCUUAAUAUGUAUAUUGGACAAAGUGAAGCAAAUGUCCGGGAGGGUAAAUAAUAAAUAUUUUUCAAAUUAAUAUUGAUUUUACGAAUCCAUAAUGACUAACAACUAUAAUUGUUUAUUAUUUAUUACACAUAACUUACAAUUUAUAAACUUAUAUUAUGAUUGGUUUUUUUCAGUUUUUAAUAAGGCUCGUACAGCUGCACCAUGUAUUUUAUUUUUUGAUGAACUUGAUUCAUUGGCACCGAAACGUGGUCAAAAUGGAGAUUCUGGAGGAGUGGGAGAUAGGUUAGAUUAUUAAUUGUUCAUGAUUAUUGAUUAAUUAAUUUAAUAUACAUAUUAUUGCAUAUUUAUUUAUAUAUAUAUAUAUAUAUAUAUAUAGAGUUGUAUCACAGUUAUUAACUGAAAUGGAUGGAAUGACAUCAGGAAAUCAACAAAUAUUUGUUCUGGGUGCUACAAACCGACUAGACCUUAUUGAUUCUGCACUUCUACGGCCCGGAAGGUAUAUGAUUAUUCAUUAACUAUAAUUUUAUUUUAAAUUUUUAACUUUUUUGUAAAAACUUUUCAUAUAUAAUUUUUUAGGCUUGAUAAAAGUGUAUAUGUCAGUGGCUGUAAUGAUACUGAAUCCAAACUUCAUGUUUUAAAAGCAUUAACAAAGAAGUAUGCAUAAUUUUCUAUAUAUAUAUAAUAAAUAAUACUUUAAUUUAAUUCAUUGAUUUAUUGUUUAACACCAUGUUUUAUCUAACUAUAUUAGUUUAUAUUACUUAGAUAUAUAUAUAUAUAUAUAUUUUUACCAUGUAGAUUCUACUUAUUUGAUUUGUUUAGACUUCUAACCUUGAGUGAUUAUAUUUUAGAUUCUUCGUAGAGAAGCUUGUGGUUUUACAAUUAUGUUUAUUUUUUUUUUCCUGUGAACAACUUUUCUACGAACAAUUUUACUCUUAUUUACAAUGAUAGCACUUUUUUUUAAAAAGAAAUUUUACUGGGGUGGUAAUUAAGAGAGGUCAUUUAUUUAUUUUCCCAGGAGUUUUCCCAAUAAAUAGAGAAAACAUAAGAAAAUAGUCACAAUAUUAAACAAAUAUUAUUUAAUAAAAUUACCAUAAUAUGAGAUGUACAUUGUUGAAAAAUCAACACUAUUGACUAAACUCCACUCAGAAUAGGUUUUUCAUAAGCAAUGGUUUAUCGUUGCUGACAGAUAUACAUUAAAUUCCCAUUUGUAUCCUACCGUCCCAACAUCUCACCCCUACAGCAGUGGCUGCACCCACCCCCAUCAUCAUAGAACAGCUUUUUUUAUUAUAAUUAUUAUUUUUGAUUUGUACAGAUUUCAUUUGUAUUCAAAUGUUAACCUUGGGCAUCUAAUAGAUAAUUUACCUGAACAAGUAACAGGAGCUGAAUUGUAUGGAAUGUGUCACAAUGCUUGGCUGAACUGUGCCAGACGAGUUAUUCAACAACGAAAUAAACAAAUUAAUGGUGAAUAUUGGUGAUCUAUAGUCUAUCCCAGGAGAGAAAGGUCCGCUUCUGCGCAUGUUUUCCCCCUCCACAUAGCCUAUUGUCAUUUUUUCAGUGUCGGUUUAUGACUAUACACCGCUAGGAUAUUUUGUAGAAAUUAAAUUGUUAUUAUUAUCAGACAUCGCGCAUCGCACGUUUAUUUACCUUUGCUGUUUUAUAACCUCUUGAUAAUUUUUCAAAUCAUAAACUAUCAUAUAUACAAGCACCUUCUAUNACAGUAGGUAUAACAAAGUAGGUAUAAUACAGAGAUAUAUAUUUAAUAAAUAAUAAAUAAUUAUAUUAAAACAUUUCAUUUUUUAUUCGUUAAAAUUACAAUUUAUCAUUUUUGUCAUAUUGGCGAUAAACAGUGGACUAUUGACAGACAACAGUGCAUUAUUUGAAACGCAGUGUACAAAACCUGUCGAUAGAUCCAGGAGGGACUAAAUGGAUAGUGUUGGGGGGAUGCGCAGUAGCUCUUCGAUUUGGUCGGAGAGCGGACCGUUCUCUCCUGGGACAGACUAUAGGGAGGUCUAUAGAGGGCCAUUUUUUUUAGUUUAUUUAAUAAUUAGUAGUCUAAAUUUUAUUUUAAGUAUUUAAAACAAAUUAUAGUAAAGCUUGAGUGAGAGAAAAAAUUAUAAUUCAUCCCAAAGAAUAAAAUUUGAAGUACUCAUCGAAUUGUUUAAUUAAAAAAAAAAGGAUCCCUCUAAUACAUUGUAGUGUCAGAUAUAUGUUGAAAUAAAUAUAUAUGUAUAUAUUUUUUGUUUUUAUUAUGGACAAAUGUUUAUAUAUUUUUAUCAGUUAAAUAUAUAUUACUUUUGCAUAUUGUACCAGUACUUUAUGUAAGUAAUAAUUUAUUUAGAUUUAUUUAUUUAUUUAUUUAUUUAUUUCAGAUAAUCAAUGUGUAGCUGAUGAAAAUUUAAUGGUCACUGAAGAUGAUUUUAUGAAAGCAUUGAAUGAAAGUUUUCCCCAAAAUUAAUUAUUUACUUUAAGUGUAAUAAUAAAUAGACUGACUUUGUUUUAAAUUUGUAUAUGAAUAAGGUGUAUGUAUCAUAUAAUUAUUUUUUUUUUUUAUUUUUAUAAACUCCAAGAUAAAUAGUUUCAAAAAAUAUGCUUUAUAGUAUUAUAAUUUAUUUUUAAAAAGAAAUAAUAAUUAAACUACAUAAAUAUAUUUAAGUUUAUUUAAAUUUUAUUUGUGACAAGGGAUAUUGAUUAACAUACUAUUAAUUUGGUUGUUUAUAAUUACACAUCAAAAUAUUGUUAAAAUACAAUUUUUUUUUUUUUUAAAUAAAUGUGAGAUUUUUAAUAUAAAUUUAAUAAAUAUAAUUUUCUUGAUUUCAAAAAUAUAAAAAAAUAAUUAUUUUAAAAUAUCAUUCUUGAGUUACCCUGAUUUUUUUUUUUUUCAAAUUUUAUUAAAACACAUUAAAGUGAAAAUAUUAACCAUAAAAACUCUAGUUUGGUACCAAAACAUGAAAAGUUUUACUAAAAUAAAUCUUGAACCGAUUUUAUGAAAAUGUUCAUAUUUAGUUUGUGAAGCCAAACAAAAAAUUGAUUGGGUGUCCUGUUGUAUGUUUUUCCGUCCCUUAACAAGUAAUUAACUAGAAAUCUUGUCUCUAGUCAUGGAAAUCAGGGGUGGAUUUUAAUCAGUUGGUGUAAUGGUUAGGUUCAUCAUAAUUUGUACUUAUAGAUAUAGGUAAAGAUAAAAAAAAUUCAAAAGUUAACGCAAUAUCAAAAGUGUAUUUUUAACAUUUAAUUUUAAUUUAUUUUUUAGUUACAAUCUAAUACAAUUUUCAAUUUAAAUUUAUUCAAACAUGUUCAAUUUUAAUUCAUUCAAAUUCUUUAAUCAUUUGCAAUGAUUUAUCAGACAUAAACUAUAUUAGCCUCUAUAUCCUACCCCUGCAGCAUGAAGUAAGUCAGGACUUAUAUUCAAGAUAAUUAAAUAAUACGUACCUAGUUGAAAUAUUUAACAAACAUUAUUCUAUUUUUGCCCAUUUCUAUAGAAAAAUAAAAUACUAUAGUAUACAAUUAAUUUUAAUACAAUUAUAAAGUAAAAACAUAAUUAUUAAAAUAGUUAAUACUCAUAAAUAAAUAUGGAAAUAAAAAAAAAAAAUGAUUAUUUAAAAUGAGUUAUUAUUAGACAUAUAUUUAUAUAAGAUAUUUUUUUUAAAAUCGGUUUGUGCAUUUAAAAUAUUAUUAAAAUUAUUUUUCUUUAUUUCAUUGUACAUAUUAAUUCUUUUAAGACUGAAUUAUUGUAAAUGUUAUUUUGGUUAUUUAAUAUCCCUAAGUCUGU